AUGAAAACUUUGAAGCAUCACUAGUCAACCGACCCAGAUUUCCCAUCCAACCAACCCCACGCACACCGCCGCGGGAAGCAGAAGAUACCGGAAGAGGCUACAAAAAGCUAGGGGCGCAACGCAGCGCAGGGAUGGUGGGCUUCCUCCGGGCCUUCGCCGCCGCCUCCGCCGUGCCCGCAGUAGCAGCCGCGGCCUACGCCCUAUCCUCCUCCUCCGCCCCCUCCACCUCCAAGCUCCGCUUCCCUCUGCCUGCCUCCUUCCUCUCCGCCGCCGCCUCCACCUCCUCGACCUCCGGGCGCGCGCCCAACGCCGUGCCUCCGAUGGCCGCCGCCGCCGCCGCGGCCACGGCCGAUCUAUCGGCGCCCGAUAAGGAGUCGGCGCUUCCGGAGCUCACGACGGAAUUCAUGGUGGACAUGAAAUGUGAGGGCUGCGUGACAGCUGUGAAAAAUAAGCUGCAAACACUUGAAGGAAUAAGAAACAUCGAAGUGGACUUGCCUAACCAAGUCGUUAGGGUUCUUGGGGAUCUUCCAGUGAAGACGAUGUUAGACGCCCUGCAUCAAACAGGCCGAGACGCACGUCUGAUUGGCCAAGGGAACCCAAAUGAUUUUUUAGUUUCUGCUGCUGUAGCUGAGUUUAAAGGGCCGGUUGUAUUCGGUGUUGUUCGUCUGGCCCAAGUUAACAUGGAUUUGGCUAGAGUUGAAGCCACCUUUAGUGGUUUAUCACCUGGUAAACAUGGAUGGUCAAUAAAUGAGUUUGGGGAUUUGACAAGAGGGGCAGAAAGCACUGGCAAAGUAUAUAAUCCACCAGGUUAUGUAUCCGAUAAGGCUCUUGGUGACCUGGGAACACUAGAAGCUGGAGAGAACGGAGAAGCCCAGUUCUCAGGAUCGAAAGAGAAAUUGAGAGUUGUUGACUUGAUUGGCCGCUCGAUCGCACUAUAUGCAACGGAUGACAGAUCAGACCCUGGCAUUGCAGCAGCCGUGAUUGCACGAAGUGCCGGCGUAGGAGAGAACUACAAGAAGCUCUGCACCUGUGAUGGUGUCACCAUCUGGGAAUCAAGCUAAACCUGCUACCAGCGAAUUUUCCAUACUAUUUGCUCGCAUAUGUUGUUGUACACACAUUAAUGUAGAAACAAUCAAACUAGCAAGUGAACAUUUGGAAUAAGCAUGAAUACAACGUUGAGGAAUAAAGCCUGUUCUCACUGGAGCUUGACAGUA